AUGUCGGACGCUGCGGUCGCCCCCAACGAGGUUGAGAUCAACGACGCGCUGUUCUGCAAGCACUUCAAGGAAGUUUGCGCUGAGUGCGACUACGAUGGCAGAGCCGACAAUGACGCCAUGUUCGGGUUCGAUCCCAUCGACCGCGAGGGCUUGGAAGCAAACUCUGCAACCUUGAACAAGGAAGGUCAAUACGUAUGCAAGAAGCACGGCUCAGCUAAUUGCAACCAAUGCUACGGAUGGAAGAAGCAAAUCACGAAGGCUAGGGCUGCUGCAAAGAAGGCGGCUAAGAGAGGAUGA